AUGGAAACUGGUUCCGACUUCAUGUAUAUAGUUUACGAUACCGCUACCGCUACACAAACGGAAGAUAUAUCGGAUGGAAAUGUCCAACUACUGAUGACGAUCGAGAGUAUUUCUUUCGAAUCGUUUGACAUAUACAUGUGCACUAACCCUACAAUCAGGCGUCCUGGAUUUUACAUGUCAAUAACACCUGAAUUCUACAAAAACGGAUGGACUUCAGAUACUUCUAUGACCACAGAACGUCUGACGACCUUCACACAGCAAACGACUUCUAGUAGCGAACAAACGUGGUCCUCUCAGAUGAACGUAAGACCUACUAGUUCAUUUACAAGUGCAGAAACACUGACAUCGUUCAAUUCAACAGGCCUGACAUUUCCUUUGAGCACUCUGGAUUUUUCUCAAACAACUAUCCAGACAACAUAUUUAGCCGUUUCAGAUCAGAUCGUGCAGAUUUUGAAUUACUCUAUGUCACUUGGAAGUGAAAUGAGUAAAGAUGAUGCCGACGAAAUUUUAAGAUCCAUCGAGCACAUCCUGUCGAAAGAUGUUGACCACUUGGAAUCUAACGAUGUUUCAAAUAUAAUUCGCACACUAUGUGUCAUUGCACCACUAUCUGCAUCCCCAGAAACGACUGUAAAGAGGUUCUUAAAGGUUUGGGAUGAUAUUCUUGAAGAAGACUUGCUCGUGUCCACAGUUGAAUCGGGCGUUCCAAGCACCAUGUUGUCUAUAUUAGAAUCGUACACGGCCACCGUUUCUGAAAACUUAAACUCAUCAAAUUUCAACUUUACCAACCAAAAUAAUAUCGACGUACAGAUUGAAGUCAUACCUAGCGACGUCACAUGGUCAAAUAAGUGGAUACCAGUCACCACAGGUGACGAGUCGGUCCAGGCACUCAUACCAACUGCAAACUUCAAAGGAGAAUCAGAGCUACAGGUAUCAGACACAUAUCGCCUGAACAGUCGUGAACUAGAAGAAAACCAAGAGGUUGUGUGUACCUAUUGGGAAUUUACGAAUAGUACGAACGGUGGGGUGUGGUCAGAGAAUGGUUGCUGGGUUGCAUCAGUACUGCUGAAUCAAACGACUUGUCAUUGUACACACUUAACUAAUUUUGCAAUUCUUAUGAGAGUUGACAAAUCACCCAAGGUACUUUCAAUUGGAAAUACUAUUGCACUGGAUAUUCUAACGUACUUGCUGACAUCACUCUCCAUCAUCUGUCUCCUUCUGACUAUUUUCACUUACGUUUGGCUCAAAGUUUGGCGAACGAGGCGAAACAUCAUCCACAUUAAUCUGGCCGCAUCGUUGGCAUUGGCACAGUUUCUUUACAUUUGCUUUAUCGACGGUACUAGCACUAGGGCGGGUUGCACUUUUAUCGCCAUACUUCUACAAUACCUGUUUACUGUCAGUUUUGCGUGGAUGUUGCUGGAAGGUGUACAUCUUCUUAUGAAUUCUAACAUUAAUCUUCAGCAUAGAAAUCCAAAGGGUUAUCUUUAUGUCAUAUUCGGCUGGGGUCCGCCUCUAGUUAUUGUGUUAAUUGCAUUCUUAUCUAAGCCAUCAAGUUAUGGAACUGCACAAUCGUGUUGGCUAGAUACAUCAACAGAUAUUAUCUGGGCCUUUGUCACGGUCAUCCUUUUAGUGAUUGCUGGAAACAUAUUCAUUCUAUUGGCUGUUAUCAAGACGUUCGUGAGCCUUAAAGUAAAUGCGAGCAAAAGCAGGAAAGAACGGAUGAGAAACAGUAUUCGUGCGGUCUUAUUGAUGAUACCAUUGAUGGGUUUGACCUGGGUAUUUGGAUUGAUUGCAUCAUUUGGCGAUACGAUUUUUUUCACAUACAUGUUCGUGAUCUUUAACUCAUCACAGGGGAUAUUCAUUUUCUGUCAGCUUAUAGUAUUCAAUGAUGAGAUUCGCCGACUUUAUUUCCAGUACUACAAACGAAAUGUAUCAAUACCAACGGUUUCCCGACAUGAACGAAACCACAGAAGGGAGGGCAGGACCAGCACAGUUCAGAUACCGCCAAUGAGAAGACAUUUUAAGAUAGGUUUAAUACAUGCUUGGUGAAGUGCAAGAAUUUCAUUAAAAGGACGAGAACUAAGUGUGGGUGGUCAGGAGCCGCUUAAAACUCUCUCGGUAGAUGGAAUGCAAAGGGGGGGGGGGGAACAAUCUUUCAGAACCGGUGCAAAAAAUUAGGGAUUUAAAGAGAUUGUUAUACUGUACUUAAGCAUAAGAGCCUAAGUAUAACAAUCGCUAAAAAGUACAGAUUUUACCUCAAAGGACUGCGUUUUCUCCCACCUAUAACGCUCUUCCCUUUACCCCACCCACUGGAGCUACACCUUUUAAAAACCUACAUGAUACAUAGCAAUAUCAAUGACACUGUAUGUGUUCUGCAUUGUUAAUAGGGAGCCUUUGGAAUCACUAUGUGUAUGUUACAAUGUACCGACUUGGUGAAAUCCGUAUGCUUAAUUCUAUGUGCUGUCUGUGAGCAUCACUGGUACGAACGUGACGGAAUCCAGUUUUGCUUUAACUGGUGCUACCAAUAUGUAGAAUGUCUUCUUUUAAUUAUUAUGUAUUAUUUGAAGCCGAAUUAAAUGAUAAUUUACUGUACUAUAUUUAAUAUGGGAUACUAUUUUUAAUAUUCUAAUUGUGUAGAUACGGUAAGCUUGAUAUGAAGCUCUUUACAAGUGUAUGUUCUUUGUGUGGUUUAUUUUUGUAUUUUGAUUUUCUUUUCUUUUUGGUAUUUUUUAUCAUGUAAAGCGCAUUUGAGCAUGAUUUAUCAUGAAUUAUAAAUGUGCUUAAUAAAUAAAUGAGAAAAAG